CUUUCUAGAACUCAGAAACUACGCACCCAAAAACAGAGGACUUCAAAAUUAAUUUAAUCCACAGCAAGACUCACCGUUUCGUGUCUUGCUAAAUUUUGUAUUUGUUUAUUUUUCAACCACCCUCUUUUUUUAUUUUCCUCUCCGAUGGCUCUGUCCGAUGCAGAAUGGACCUUGGUGCUGAAGGCUUGGGGACCGGUUGAGUCGGACCUAGCUGGACACGGACAAGUGGUACUGCUGCGUCUGUUUAAGGAUCACCCCGAAACUCUUCAGCUGUUCCCCAAGUUCAAAUCCCUCCAGCAGGCGGAGUUAGCCGGCAGUGCCGACAUCAAAGCUCACGGCAACACCGUCAUCUCCAAGCUAGGGGACCUGCUGAAGCAAAAGGGGGGCCACGCGACGCUGCUGAGACCCCUGGGAGAGAGCCACGCCAAGAAACACAAGAUACCACUCGCGAACUUCAAGCUGAUCUGUGAUGUCAUCGUCACGGUGAUGAAAGAGAAGUACAGCGAUUUCGGACCCGACUCUCAGGCCGCGAUGUCGAAAGCCCUCGAUCUCAUUUUCGCCGGCAUGGGGCCGCUGUACCAAGAGUUUGGAUUCGCCGGCUAGUCCCGGGUUCGAAGGAAACGCCCCCGAUAAGCCUCCCUCCGGCAUAAAGCACAGCAAAGUGUAAUAAAACACAGAGCUGGAUGUGAAAGCAUAUUUAAAUAAAUAAAUAAAUAAAUAAAUAAAUAAAACAGUAAUUAAUAAACUGAGUGAUAAGCGAAUUACUUGUGAGUGUUUUUUUUAAGUGUGUUUGAGACUUAAUAAAAAUUAAACUUGCAACUUU